GUGAUUACAAGCAGUACCACUGGAUUACAGCCUCUGAAAAGUGAUACACUUUAUGACUAUGCAUCUCUGUUCGUACAUGUUCAGGUGAUCUGAAAGUAUGCACUUGACUGAAUCCCCAAACAGCAGGCCCAGCAGCUUUUCAUGAACUACACAGUGCUUAAGAAGAAGUUUGAAGACCGGAUAGGAGUCGAGGACGUCAUCGUCAUAAAAAGGAUAUUUCAAUACGAGUUUAAGGUAUGGAAAAGUUACGCACAGUUUAAGCUGUCGAUGGAAAGUGAGGAGCGACUGCAGCGGUGCAGGCAGGUAUAUGAGGAAGCAAACCGAGGCCUUAGACCGUGUGAGGAAAAGGGGCAGAGGCUCAUGCUGCUCAAAGCCUGGAUGAAUUUCGAGCAAAAAUUCGGCACCUCGGCCGACAAGGACAGAGUGAAGAAGCUCAUGCCCAAGCAGGUGGACACUGGAUGGGAAGAAUAUUACGACUACAUCUUCCUGGAGGAUGCUGCUAAUCAGCCAAACCUCAAACUGCUCUCCAUGGCCAAGAUGUGGAAGAAGCAGCAACAGCAGGACCAGGAUCAGGAGAAACAAGAUGCAGAAAGGAAUCAGUCUACUGAACCCACACAGCCAAGAGAUGAGUAG